UAAAUUCGUGUACGUCAUUGAUAUGUAUACUUGUGUACAAGUAUAAAAAAUAAUGGUUGAACUAACAUUAUACAAUAUUAUUAAAAAAGUUAGAGCAUACAAAAGAACCACUGCUAUUUAUAUACAUAAAUAAAGUUUUUUUCAAAGUACCUGUGGAAGUAAUAAUACAUUUUGAAGCACUUUUAUUAUAAAGCACAAUGUCAGUUCAAAAAUCAAAAGGAUGCCUGUUUCUAGCUUCUUCCCUUUGCGAUGGCUUAGAGGAUAAUAAUAUUAAGCAAGUAACAACUUUACUUUUGAAUAAAGAAGCCGAUCCUAAUACAUUGAUUCCUACACAUGGAGUAACUCCAUUUCACUUAGUAAUAGGUAACGAUUCUGAAGCUUUCGCAGAGGAAGUAACUAAAUUGUUUUUGCGCCAUGGUGGAAACCCAAAUGUCAGGUCAGUAGAUGGGCUGACUCCAGUUCAUGUAGCAGCAGCCUGGGGCAGAGUGACAGUAUUAGAAUUGCUUUUAGCAAAUGGUGGAGAUCCCCUGUGCUUAGAUGACGAAGGACGUAGUCCAUUUCAUUAUGCAUUCGAUGGAAAAUAUUACAAAGCAAUCGUGGUAUUGGGCAAAUAUUGUGAAAAUAUUAGAAAUGAAGAUAAAGCAACUAAGCAGAAAGUGACAUUUGAUAAACUUCUAAUUAACAACGGAGAUAUUAUAGCAGAAUAUGCUUUGCUACAUACUUCUGAUAUGGCUAAUGAAGAUACAUUAAAUGAAAACGAACUUAAGAAAAAUGAAGAAGAGAGAUUGCCUGAUAACAGAUACGAAUAUUCUUUUAAUAACGAUGACAACGAUUUACAUAGUCGCAAGCAAUCUAAUACAAAUCUAGCAGAGCUUCGAAUUCGCGAAGAAAUGGAUAAAGAAAAGUGCCUACUUAAUGAAAUUAUUAAUCAACUCUCAAGUUCCUUGAAAUCCAGCUCUAAAGAUCAAGAGAUUAGCAAUGAACAUGUACAAUAUAAACAAAAUGAUACAAGUCCCUUGUCUAUAUUAAACGCGGAUAAUAGUACGAUUCAUGAUAUGAAGGAUAAUUUUUCGUUAAAAACUAGAAUGAGAAAACGGACUCUUACUCCGAGAUAUAAACGUAAAAUUUUUGAACAAAACAACGCUAGAAUUCCAUUAAUACCUGCAUAUGAUCCAAAUGAUUCUGUUAUAAGCAAAUCACCAAAUUGUUUAAUUGAAAAAUCGUCAGAAAGAGAAGGGAGAUAUUUAUCUCCAAACAUAAUAAACAAGGAAUCAAAAUUUAGAGCUGUUACACCUUGUAUGACAAGAACUAAAUCGUUUCAAUCAGAAUUUAAUUACGGAAAAGAAAUGGCAAGAUCUACUCCAAGAAGGAAAAAACGAUUUUACAGACAAUAUUCUUCAUUAAGAAAAUUUAAAAGAAAUGACGAACUUGCGUCAUCAGAAAACACAAGUCCUGACUCUUCUAAUUCCUUAUCACCAGAUCAAAAUCGUCCAUAUAAAUUGAAUUAUAAAUUUAAUAAACAUGUGGCAAUAAAAUUACACGAAAAUAAAUAUGAUGACGAUGCGCCAACAAAUUCACAUUUGAUUGAAAAUAAGAAUGGCAUUGAAAAAUAUGAGGUAAAAGAAAACUUAACGAAUUUAUGUAAUAACAACUUGGAAAAUAUAAAAUUAGAGAAUGUAGACUGUAUAGAAAAAAAUAAGGAAGAUUCAAAGGAAGAUGAUAUUUUGCAAAAAAAAAUUAUGGAAGAAUUAAAAAGCAAUAAUAGCCUACAUAGUUCUAAAGAACAUUUUAGUACAUGCUAUUCAAGUUUCAAAUCACAGUCAUACACUAGUGUGCAAGAAGAGUAUAAACACGAGUAUCCGGACGAUGGUAUAAAUUUCCUGGAACGUAGAAUUUAUACACUACCACGCUGCAAACCUGUAGACGAUUGCGAUACAGCCGACAAACUGUGGCCACAAUCGCUAAAUGUAACUAUGGAUGUAUCCAUGGAAAACGAAGUAAUACGAAAACAAUUAAUUGAUCUAGGUGAUAAUCCUGGACCAAUAACCAACACAACGAAGCAGUUAUAUUUAAAGCGACUUACAUAUUUAAAAAGCGGGACGUGUAAUCAAUUAUCAUCUAAACCUAUUCAUUCUAGGUCUCCUUCGAAAGUGAGUUACAGUAAAUGUGAUUUGAAUCCUUUUCUCAUAUAUGGAGACUGGGUGAAUUACUUAGAAAAAUACAGAAUUACUGAAAAGAACGUUUUUAAAGAAUUUUUUGUAGUAAAUCCUUCUAGAAAAUGGAGAGAAGGAAUUAGUAAGACUUGUUUUAAUUAUCUACUCUUAGAUCCACGUAUAACUAAAGAUUUACCCUCGCGUGCAAAAAAUAUGACAAAUUCCGCAGUCUGGUCUACAUUCCUGUCUUCUAUAUUUUAUGUGGGUAAGGGUACACGGAAUAGACCAUAUUUUCACCUUAAAGAUGCAUUCGAUGCAUGGGUUUCAAAUCGAAGGUCUGAAAAUACAAAAAUUCAAAGUAUUUUGAACAUUUGGAAUGCAGGAUAUGGAGUAAUUUGCUUGCAUAUUUAUCAAAAUACCAUUCCAGUAGAAGCUUAUACACGCGAAGCUGCGAUGAUUGAUGCUCUUGGAGUAAACAAAUUAACUAAUUGCAAACAUGGUGAUUAUUAUGGAAUAGCAGCAACAUGGAACAUAAUAGAAAAAUGUAAUUUUGGGAGAUACUUGUUAUAUCGAGCAAUGCACAUUUAUCUACAUGAAGGAGAGAGACAAAUAUUUCCUGAUAAUAUGUAAAAUUUAAACUAUAUUGUAGUCAGUGACCAGAACUUAUUAUAUGCAUUAAUAUGUUUACUGCUCGUGCAUAUAAGCAUAAGUACUAUUUGUAUAUAUAAAAUGACUAUGAUCUCUUCAUAUUUGUAUUACAGCAAUAAUUGUUCCAUUUUUAUCUUUGUGAUGUAGUUAUACUUAAUAGUUUUAGGAUAGCUUUUAGAUUAAUCAAUACUAUUGUAAUCUCUACAUGUAAAUCGGUGAACAACGAAUAUAUUAAUAAUUGAUCAAUAAAUAAGUGCAAUAUAAAAAUACAUAAAUAAAUGACAGAGCAACAAUUUGUUCAAAAAC